AUGACAAUCUUUAAGCCAUUCGAAGGAGAUACGUUAGAAGAGUUCAAUGCUCACCAUAUUGAGAAAAAGGAUUUCUUGCUAUGCCACAACUGCGGAUGGAAUGCCGAGAAUCAGCAGUGUGACUCUUACAAAGUUAUUGUCAGAGAAGUCGUUGAAUAUCUUACACAGUUACGCAAGUUUACAUCGGAGAAAAUAGAAGCCCCAGAUGGUUCGCCGAUUAGGGAUAGAAUACUAAAUAAUGAAAAACGAAUAGAGUUCGUGACUGAUGAUGCUGAAAAAUGGUGGGCUAGUGUUGAACCUCAUCUCGAAAAUAAAUGGGAUGGAAAGCGAGUCUCGGGUCAGUGGAAGGAGAGCCUCAAGUCGAGAUACCCCGUGAAAGGACCAUGGACAUGUUAUCGGUAUUAUCGAUUGGGAACAUGGGGGGUAUCUUCCGGAAUGGUGGGAGCACGUCCAAACUCGUCGAAUAGAACUGGGAGAUUGGGGGUAUCUCCUUCAAAUGGAAAUGAAUAA